AUUAGGAACACACCACACCACACCACGCAUCAUCGGCAGUCUGUUUCUCUCUCCUCUGUGAUAAUAUAAAUAAAAUCUGACAUCAUAUGAUCCUCUCAUCUUUCUUCCUAGUUUGUUUCGUUUCUGCGUCUUUUGCUCUUUUUCACCUUAUUUUCACCUCACCACUUUUUUCUCUAUUUCAAUUCUUUUCUUUUCAUUCAUUCCCACGAUAAUUCUAGGGUUUCCUUUACCCUCUUUCACCAUCCAACAGCACUCCCAGGUGGCAUGUGUGCUGGGGCUUUUAAUGUCAAUUUGAUUUUGGAAAUACUUUUGUUGUUUUUCCCUCGUUUUCCUAUGGGUUUGACUCUCAGAUUGGGUUUCCCUUUUUUCUUUUUCUUUUUUCUUUUUUCUUUUCCUUUUUGGUUUCCGAGAGAUUGAAAUGGUGGUUUAGUAAUUGGCUUGUAUUUAUUACAGUCUUAGGGAAUGACGUUUGCUUUGGGUCUAUUUAUUAUUGGUGGGUUGGUACAGGGAUAGCGUUUGGGUGGGUUCUGUAUAUUGUAUUAGUGCCAGUGGAGAGGGGAUUCUGUGAGGAUGACAGAUUUUCAGUCUCUACAGCAAAAGCCUGAAUCUGCUGAUUCCCAUGCUGAUUUUGAGCAUGGAUUGGAGAAUUUUAUGCGUGGUCAGUUGGAUGAUUGUAUGUCAUUUGCUUCAUGUAGCUCUUCCCGUGCACCCGAUGAUGAGGACGAUGAGAGUGAUCAGCUAGUUCGGAGGAGAAGGAGGUCUGAUCUUGAAGGGGACGAUUUAGCAGAGUCGUCAGCAGCACGCAGGCGGCAUUCACGAAUUUUGAGCAGAUGGGCUGCCCGGCAGGCGCAGGAGAUGAUAACUACUAUUGAAAGAAGGAAUCGAGAGUCAGAGUUGAUGGCGCUUGCAGGGUUACAUACGGUGUCCAUGUUGGACUCCUCUUUUCUGAGGGGGUCGCAGUCUCCUAGUUCUGGACAGGAGGGGGCUGUGGAGAGGCCCAACACUCAGGCAUCUUCCAUUCUGCAGAUGUGGCGGGAGUUAGAGGAUGAACAUUUGUUGAAUCGGGCACGGGAAAGGAUGAGGGAAAGGUUGAGGCAGCAAAGAAGUUCUGAUGCUAAUACCAAUGUGUCAAGUACCAUGUCUGACAGUCGAGGCAGUGAGAAUCGAGGGAGUUUGGGGGAUGCAAGUGAGAGUGAAAAUGAUUAUGGUACCUGGUCACAUGAUCAGAUUGGAUCGCGGAAUGCACAUGUGAAUCGUAACGGGUCUAGCAGGGAGCAAUCUCCUGAUCUUGGUGAAGUUGAGAGGGAGAGAGUUAGACAGAUUGUUCGGGGAUGGAUGGAAAGUGGUAUUAGUGAUCAUUCAUCUAAUGUGAGCCAGAGAAACAACAAUCACAGAUCAGAAUGGCUUGGAGAAACAGAGCGUGAGAGAGUAAGAAUUGUCAGGGAAUGGGUGCAAAUGACUAGCCAGCAGAGGGGUUCACGAGGGAGUCGUAGGGAUGCUCAAGCAAGUGAAUCUGCUCAAGCUGUUCGGACCCGUGAUAUGGCAGCUGAACAUGAUGAGGGUCAGCCAGAGCAUGUUCGGCGGGACAUGCUGAGGUUGCGUGGAAGACAGGCUCUAGUUGAUUUGCUUGUUAGGGUAGAAAGGGAAAGACAAAGAGAGCUGCAGGGUUUGUUGGAGCACCGUGCUGUUUCUGAUUUUGCUCAUCGCAAUCGUAUUCAGUCAUUGCUCAGAGGCAGAUUCCUUCGAAAUGAAACUGUUGAAGAUGAAAGGCCUCCUUCUACAGCUGCGAGUGAAUUAGUUCAGUUACGACAACGACACACAGUCUCUGGUAUAAGGGAGGGGUUUCGUUCAAGAUUAGAAAAUAUUGUUCGCGGUCAAGGCGGCACCAAUUCUGAUGCCACGUCAAAUAGUAACAAUGAUGAAACAAGACAUGAUGAGAACCAGUCAAUCAGUAUCGGAGAUGCCCAACAAGAAAAUCACGACCAAGAGCAGAUUAGGGGCCCAGAAACUGACGCUCGUCAGAUGCCUAAUCAAACAGGAACUUUGGAGAGUAGCACAAGUGAGACUAUUAGUUGGCAAGAAGCUAGUAAUCAAGGAGGGGAUUGGCAGGAACGAAUUGCCGAAAAUGGGGGAGAAGACUGGCAGCAGAGAAUUAAUGGUCCGUUUAAUCAGCUCAGAGAUGGAAGGGAAGCCAGUGAUUGGCCACAGGAAACUCCCAGAAAUUCAGCUGGAGAAGAUCCACAUCCACAGGAAGCUCAAAGAGUUUGGCAGGACCAUAACACAAGGGAAGCUGAUGGUAAUUGGCCCGAAGAACCUUCUACAGCCUCAAGGAAUCGCCGCGGUGUUCCUUUUAGAAGAUUCAACAGAUUUCAUCCUCCUGAUGAUGAUAACGUAUACAGUAUGGAGCUUAGAGAACUUCUGAGCAGGAGAAGUGUAUCUAACCUUCUUCGCAGUGGUUUCCGUGAAAGUCUGGAUCAACUAAUACAGUCAUAUGUUGAAAGGCAAGGCCGCGCUCCAGUUGACUGGGAUUUGCAUCGAAACUUGCCUACAACGACUCCUGCCUCACCUGAACGAGACCCUGAUCAGCAGGGUGAUGAACGUAAUGAGGGUCAGCAUGAAGUAAUUAACAGACCUUCACUAGUGUUUCCUCCUCCACCCGUACCACCGCCACAACCUCUGUGGCACCAAGACUUGCACCAAACUGGAUGGUCUCGUCAUACCAUGCAUCGCUCAGAAAUUGAAUGGGAGAUUAUGAAUGAUUUAAGAUCAGAUAUGGGAAGACUUCAGCAAGGCAUGAAUCAUAUGCAGAGGAUGUUGGAAGCCUGCAUGGAUAUGCAACUGGAAUUGCAGAGAUCUGUCAGACAGGAGGUCUCUGCAGCUCUGAAUCGCUCAGCUAGUGAAAAUGGAUUGGGUGCUGAGACAUCUGAUGAUGGAUCUAAAUGGGCGCAUGUGAAAAAAGGAACUUGCUGUGUUUGUUGUGAUAACCACAUUGAUUCGCUUUUGUACAGAUGCGGACACAUGUGCACAUGUUCAAAAUGUGCCAACGAGUUAAUUCGUGGAGGAGGCAAGUGUCCUUUAUGCCGAGCACCAAUUGUUGAGGUGGUCCGAGCAUAUUCCAUACUGUAAAAAGGAAAAUUAGAGCUACACCGAAAAGAAGAAAUGAAACUCGAGGGCGUUGGUCUCAGUUCUGGCUGUCUUGAGGUUCUUAUGUACAAGUGUUCAGUAGAUGCCUUGUUUUUCUGAUUACAUAUUGAACUUCACGAAAUGUAUAAUUGGAUUAGCAAAUGGCGCUGUUAAUUCAUCAUUCAUGCGUAAAUAAAUAGUUGGCCCAGUUAUUCUUUACAAA